UAUGAGUCCCUCUGAAUCAUGGUGGAGAAGAUGCUGUUCUGGACACUGUUUCUUUUACUUGGUAACUUCUGCCUAGUGGUAGGAAGUCUCCAGGACCCCCAGGAAGCUUGGACUGAGUCUUCUCUGUAUUACUACCACAAGAAGAACCUAAGUACACCAAGGAAGCCAGAAAACAUUUCCUGCGUUUUCUAUUAUGAGAAAAAUUUCACUUGUACUUGGAGUCCAGAAAAGGAAGUCUAUCGUACAGAAUACACUGUUAGGAGAACUUAUAGAAAAAGAAAAAGAAAAGACUCAUGCAGAAAUGAGAAUCAUCCAUCAUGUUCUUUCUUCUUCCCAAAUGUGACUUAUCCUGAUACUUACUCCAUUGAAGUGGAAGCCAAAAAUGAUUUUGGUGAACAAAAGUCUAAUGUAACAUUUUGGAACUUGGAACACAUAGUGAAAAUAGAGCCACCUGCCAUUCUAACCGUGGAACCAAUCCCAGGUGUUAAACAUAUGCUUCAAGUAACAUGGAGAAAACCAAAUGGGGUACCUGUUUCAGAGUCAUAUAUAUGCCAAUUGAGAUACAGGAGAGUAAAUAGUACUAAUUGGGAGCUAGGCAACCAAAGACUGGAAAAUGAAAGACCAUAUAAUCUCACUGGACUGCUGCUUCUGCAGCAAUAUGCCAUCUCUAUGCAAUGCAAGGUGAUCACCUCAGAAUUCUGGAGCAACUGGAGUGAAGAGAGAAUAGGAACAACUGAGGGACUAGCUCCAAAUUCCAGUUUGGACCUGUGGAGAGUUCUUGGGCCAGCUCAGCCUGAUGGAGAGAGGACAGUGCAGCUGUUAUGGAAGGAGGCAAGAGCAGACCCGAACGUAAGGAAACCACUUGGCUACAACAUCUGGUACUUUCCAGAAAAUGAGACCACUGUUAAGGAAACAAAGAUGACAACUGAUCAACAAUUUAAAUUACAUCUGGGAAGUGCUGCUUACCUGGUGACUGUGGUAUACAGUACAUUUGAUGGUGUGUCUCCAGAAGCGACACUCAGAAUACCGGCUGUUCAUGAAAAACUUCUCCAGUGCAUUGAGGCUGUGCAAGUGCAUCAAUCUCAGGACCACCUGGAGGUGUGGUGGCAAACCUCCAAUGCAGAAGUUGACCAAUGGGUAAUUGAGUGGUACCCAGAUCCAGAGAUGGAGAAUUUGAAGAGGUCCUGGGAAUUUGUCUCACAAACCAGGAAAUGGACAGGAAGGGCAGAAAACUUUGUGCCAUUCCAGUGUUAUAACAUCUCAGUGUAUCCCAUGGUGGGGAUUGAAGUUGGUGUUCCAUAUUCCAUCCAAGCUUAUUUCAAAGAAGGGAUUCCAUCAGAAGGUCCAUUGGCUAAGGCCCAAAACAUCAGCACCCAGACAGCCACAAUAAAAUGGGAAGAGAUACCCAAGACCAAGAGAAGGGGCUUCAUCUGUAACUAUACAGUGUUUUAUAAAUCUGACCAUGGAAUAGAAUUUGCUAUAACAGUCGAUUCUAGUAUCUUGCAAUAUGAACUGGAGUCUCUGGAAAGCAACACACAGUACACUGUUAAGAUCAUGGCAAAUACCUUGGCUGGAGGCAAAAAUGGGACAAGUUUCAAUUUCAAGACAUCUAUUAGUAUAAUCAAGAUUGUGCUUUUGGGUGCUAUCACUGGAGGUGGUCUUUUUUCCCUUGGUAUCCUAUUGAUGGUCUGUAGUCUCAACAAACCCAAAUUGAAACGUCUAGUCUGUCCAGAAAUCCCCAAUCCUGCAAAGAGCAAUGUAGUCCUGUGGCAUGAUGACAAUUUCAAAUCCAAGUUGCAUCUCGGAGAGGUCCAGUUCCAUGGCAAGACACUGGAUGAAAGGAUUCCAAAACCAUACUUAUUUUCCUCUGGGGACUUGAUCGACAAGUUAGUGGUAGACUUUGAGAACUUUCUGGACAAAACUGAGGUUCACGGAGUAGAACUGAUGAAGAUGAAGGAAAGCACUUUGAGUGUGGAAGGGAAGAAGUAUGUGAAUGCCCCAUAUAAUUUUUACAGUCCCUCAGGACAGGCUUUCCAAGGGCUUCUAUCUUCAGCCUUAGUUUCACUCAAAGGAACACAAGAACCAUCUUCAGAAAGGCUGGAUGAAGAAACCAAGGAUAAAACUUUCCAGAGGCCAAAUGCUAAUGGAAUUCUGGAGCCAGAGCAGCAACCCUGGGAAGAAGCUGGAUUGAAUCCAUAUUUGAAAAAUUCAGUGACAACAAGGGAAUUCCUCACCUCUGAGGAAUUUUCUGAUCCAAAUCAAGAAGAAGACUGAAAUGUAACUAUAGUUUGGGUUCUCAUUUUUGACUGUGUUGGGGGAAUAACAGUGUUGAAUGACCCUUAGUUAGAAGGAAUGUGUUUGAAGGGACAGCUAGGUGAUGUAGUGGAUAGACUUCCAGGCCUGAAGUCAAGAAGACUCAUUUUCCUGAAUUCAAAUCUGGUUUCAGAUACUUAUUAGUUAUAUGACCUUAGGCAAGCUAUUUAACCCUAUUUGUCUCAUUUUGCUCAUCUGUAAAAUGAGCUGGAGAAGGAAAUAGUAAACUGCUUCAGUAUC